AUGGCCUUCCAAAUGCCCACCUUCCUCACUCGAUUCCUGCGACCUUUCACCUCCUCAGCAUCACUGUCCCUUCAGCCCGAUUCACUGUCUGCCUUGCAGUUCCCUCCCAACUCUCAGAGGGCGAUCUUCGCAGGAGGAUGCUUCUGGGGGCUCGAAGAGUUCUACCGAAAGCACUGGGGCAAUGGCAAAGGUCUGCUGGACUGCAGAGUCGGUUAUACCGGUGGAACUACCGAAGCGCCUUCAUAUCGGGCCGUUUGUAGCGGGCAAACUGGCCACGCCGAGUCACUGCUUGUCGUCUUUGAUCCAGAUCGAGUCUCCUACCGUCAGCUGCUCGAGUUCUUUUUCAGGAUGCACGAUCCGACCACGUUGAACCGACAAGGUGCAGACACGGGGACACAGUAUCGGUCCGCUGUUUUCGCGGAGUCCGACGAACAAUUCAAGAUUGCCACCGAGAUUAAGGAGAAGGUGCAAGACCAAUGGUACAAAGGCAAGCCCGUCACAACUGAAAUCAAGCGCGCCACCCAAUGGUAUGAUGCAGAAGAUUAUCAUCAGGACUAUUUGAAGAAAUUGGAAGAGCGGGGUGAACACGGCUAUCAAUGCCCUGCCCACUACCUUCGGCGAUUGCCUGACCUGAAAUAG